GCAUUGAGAACCUGCCCUGUGAGCUGCAGAGGAACUUCCAGUUGAUGAGGGAGCUGGACCAGAGGACUGAAGAUAAGAAGGCAGAGAUCGACAGCCUGGCAGCACAGUACAUUGAGUCUGUGAAGAACAUGCUGCCUGAGCAGAGGGUGGAGCACCUGAAGAAGAUCCAGAGUGCCUACAGCAAGUGCAAGGAGUACAGUGAUGACAAGGUGCAGCUGGCCAUGCAGACCUACGAGAUGGUGGACAAGCACAUCCGGCGGCUGGACGCAGACCUGGCACGCUUUGAGGCUGACCUGAAGGACAAGCUGGAAGGCAGUGACCUGGAGAGCCCUGGGACAAGGAGCCUGAAAAAGGGACGAAGUCAGAAGGACAAGAGAAGCUCUCGUGGUCGAGGCAGGAAAACAUCUGAAGAAGACACACCAAAGAGAAAGAAGCACAAAGGAGGGUCUGAGUUUGCUGAUACCAUCCUGUCCGUGCACCCCUCAGAUGUCCUGGACAUGCCUGUGGACCCCAACGAACCCACCUACUGCCUGUGCCACCAGGUGUCCUAUGGAGAAAUGAUUGGCUGUGACAACCCAGAUUGCCCAAUUGAGUGGUUCCACUUUGCUUGUGUGGACCUGACCACCAAACCAAAAGGGAAGUGGUUUUGCCCUCGUUGUGUUCAGGGAAGGAAGAAGAAGAAAUAA